AAGGGAGAUAACUCAUGAAAGUGUUCACCAUGAACGGUUAUUGAUAUUUAUAACGUCUGAGCUAGUCUUGUAAUGUUUGACAGAUCAUGACGUGACAUCCCAUCAGUGUAGAUCUUUAUAAGUGGAUUUGACAGUGCUACAAUAGCGAUGGAGAUAUCAAGGUCAGAUGUGACUGCAGAGCAUGCCAAGUUCACACAGGACAGUCACAUCCUGAAUGACAUCGCACAGCAGACUCAGGAUGCUGGGAUGGGGAAGCUGUCGGAGGAAGAGCUGGUGGAGAAGGUGGAGACGCUCCUCCUGGAAAGGAUAAAGAAGGGAGAUAAAUCUGCUUCCUUUCAGCUCGCACUCUUCUAUUUUGAACAGGCCCUAUAUGACAAAGCUCGAGUAUAUUUUGAGAGAUCGAAAGAUUUCAACCACCAGUCCCUGUACCAGCUGGGUGUGAUGCUGUAUGAUGGAAUCGGUUGUGAACCAGACACAAAGCAAGGCGUUGAGUACCUGAUGCGCGUAGCAACAUCCACGAUGCGGCAGGCCAAGCAUCUGAAGCAUGCUGCUGAGUACAACAUCGGCCGCGCCUACUUCCAGGGAUACGGGGUCAAGCGACAAUCUGAUGAGGAGGCAGAGAGAUGGUGGCUGCUGGCUGCGGAUGAUGGGAACCCUACCGCCAGCAUCAAGGCACAGACCGUCCUGGGGAUGUUCUACUCAAGGGAGGACACUCUGGACCUCAAGAAGGCUUCCUUCUGGCACUCCGAAGCUUGUGGGAAUGGCAGUCUAGAAUCUCAAGGUGCACUGGGAGUGAUGUACGAACAUGGCAUUGGAGUCAAGUACGAUCAGGACUCCGCCUACAUCUGCCUGAAGGAGUCCUCCGACCGGGGCAACGUCUACGCAAUGGGCAACCUCAUCUCCCACUACUACCGCCGCAAACUCUACACCAAAGCUGCCGACCUCUCAUCCAAAGUAGCCAUGUUGGAAGAUAUACAACUUAUCGCACAAGAGACAGAGUGCCUGCCAGCUUUCAUUUCUAAGGGUAUUGCCUUGGCCAGUUUCUACCAUGGUCGUUGCCUGCACGAGGGGCAUGGAAUCAAACAGAACAUACAGCUAGCUCAGCAAUACUACUCCAGGUCGUACCAGUUCGACCCUGAUAUAUGUGCUCGGCUCCAGAAUGUGACACAACAUGGGGGGAUAUAGACUUGCUUCACCUCAACACCAUCAGGCUGUCAGCUGUGAUAUUAUCUGAGAGUUGUCUCCUGGAGAUCUCCAAACCUUCUAUUGCUGCCUUCAUCUUGUUAGUUAAAGCUGUGUUUUGUGCAGCAAUACAAUCAGAUUUCAUGCAAAGUUUGCUGAAUGCUUAAUUGAUCACUGAAUAAAGUAAGUCAUUUAUUAAAACCUAUACUUGGUAUGUUGAUAAUAAAUAUAUUUUAAAAAUAUUUUUUUAUUAAAAAAACGCUUUCCUGUGAAUGUCUUCAAGAACCAUUAUCCACAGUGUGUAUUGAUCUCCUUAUAAGUACAGUGUGCAACUUUGUCCACUAGUCCGAAUCCUGUAUCUAGUGCAAUUCUGUACGGUCUGGUAAGAUCAGUUAAUAAAUGCCAUAUAACAUUAUCUACUGAUAAUGAUGCUGAGAGCAAAGAUUGGAGCAAAGGUUUUGGUACAGACUGUAAGUACAUUAUCAUAAUUAUUGUAUAUGCCUGUUAAAGUUUCUGCUCCCUCGAACAAUGAUCAAUGAUUUAGAAAGCAUGCCCCUACACCAGUCACUUAAAGCAAUCCAAAUAGUUACCUUUUAUUAUAGAUAUUCAUCUUUAAUAUCUUUCAUAAUAUGCCACACUGCUGGGAACCAAACUCUUCCAUGAUGUUAACGCUGUUAUAACCAUGAGCUUGCAAUUUUUUAUUGAUGAUGUUUCAAUUUAAGUUGUGUUCACUAACAUUCAGCUGUUUCAAUGUUAUUUACAUUGAGGAAACAAUUACUCGGACAGAUCAGUUUCAUAUGUUUGCUAUUUACCCACUGAAACCACUUUUCGUAAUAUCCCCAAUUCAGAAUCCAAAUCCGGAGUAGUGCCAUUUAGCCCAGUAUUACGGACUUCUGUCUGGAGAUUGUUAUAUACAUUAUUUAUUACUUGUUAUUUAUCAUGACUUGUGUAAACUGUGAUAGUGACUCCAUGUGCCUUGAACUGCUGAUGUGAAUGCUUCUACCCUGUUACCAUCAUUGUUUACCAACAUGUUUAUAUGUGACUCAGUCCUUUACUGAAAACGGAAAUAAAUCCUAUUUAUGAA